AUGAGUCGGCAGCUGAGCCUCAAGCCCUGCUCUGACAGGGCCAGCUUCAGCGGGCACUCCGCCGUGGUUCUCAGGAAGCCCGUGGGCAGCGCCGCCUCAUACCGGGCAGCCGGCCAAGGGGCUGGGGCAGGCUUCAGCAGCCGGAGCCUGUACAGCCUCGGAGGGACUCGGUGCGUCCCCCUGAAUGCGGCUGGCGGUGGCCGCGCGGGCUACGGCUUCGGGUCCUGCUCUGGCUACGGGGGAGGCCGGCCCACGGGCUUUGCCGGCAGCAUGUUCGGCAGCGUGGCCCUGGGGCCCACCUGCCCCGCGGUGUGCCCCCCUGGCGGCAUCCACCAGGUCACCGUCAACAAGAGCCUCCUGGCGCCCCUCAAUGUGGAGCUGGACCCCGAGAUCCAGAAAGUGCGCACCCAGGAGCGGGAGCAGAUCAAGGCCCUGAACAACAAGUUCGCCUCCUUCAUCGACAAGGUGCGCUUCCUGGAGCAGCAGAACCAGGUGCUGGAGACCAAGUGGGAGCUGCUGCAGCAGCUGGACCUGAGCAACUGCAAGAAGAACCUGGAGCCCAUCCUGGAGGGCUUCAUCAGCAGCCUGCGGAAGCAGCUGGAGGGGCUGUCGGGGGACAGGGUGAGGCUGGACUCGGAGCUCAGGAACAUGCGGGACGUGGUGGAGGACUACAAGAAGAGGUACGAGGUGGAAAUUAACCGGCGCACAGCCGCUGAGAAUGACUUUGUAGUGCUCAAGAAGGAUGCGGAUGCGGCCUAUGCGGUGAAGGUGGAGCUGCAGGCCAAGGUGGACUCUCUGGACAAGGACAUCAAGUUCCUCAAGUGCCUGUACGAUGCGGAGCUGGCCCAGAUCCAGACUCACGCCAGUGAGACCUCGGUCAUCCUGUCCAUGGACAACAACCGGGACCUGGACCUGGACAGCAUCAUCGCCGAGGUGCGCGGGCACUACGAGGACAUCGCCCUGAAGAGCAAGGCCGAGGCCGAGGCGCUGUACCAGAGCAAGAUCCAGGAGCUGCAGCUGGCAGCCAGCCGGCACGGCGAUGACCUCAAGCACACCAAGAGCGAGAUGUCGGAGCUCAACCGGCUCAUCCAGCGGAUCCGCUGUGAGAUCACGAAUGUGAAGAAGCAGUGCACCAACCUGGAGACGGCCAUCGCCGACGCGGAGCAGCGGGGGGACAAUGCCCUCAAGGACGCCCGCACCAAGCUGGACGAGCUGGAGGGCGCCCUGCACCAGGCCAAGGAGGAGCUGGCCCGCAUGCUGCGGGAGUACCAGGAGCUGAUGAGCCUGAAGCUGGCGCUGGACAUGGAGAUCGCCACCUACCGGAAGCUGCUGGAGGGCGAGGAGUGCCGGAUGUCGGGCGAGAACCCUUCCUCCGUGAGCAUCUCCGUCAUCAGCAGCAGCACCGGGGGCAGCUAUGGCUACCACCCGGCCUCCUCGGUGGGCACCGAGCUCACGGCCGGCAACGCCAGCGGUGCCCGAAGUGGACAGAGCAAGACCAAAGGGAAAGAAGUGGGGGGCCUCAAGGACUCCCAGGACAGGACCACCCCGGCCAGCGCCCCCGCUCGGAAAGCCACCCGAUGA